AUGAACCGGUUGUUGCAGCAUUUCGUGGACUCAAAUGGGGCUCCGAGCACACCAGCGUCGCGUCCGUCCAUCCCAAUACCUCCACAAUCGUCUGGGGGCUCGAACAACCUCAACAACCGCGGCUCAUAUCAACGCGCAGCGCCUGGAGGUCCGUUUUAUUACCAGCCGCCCCAUUGGCAGUCUUCAGGUGUGAGUGGAUUGGAGGAAAUCCCACUCACGUCCCAGUCAAGCGGUGGUACGUACGAGACGGUGGACUUGAAUACUGACACGAGUCAGCAUUUAUUCAGUUCGAAUCGACGAUCAUCAUUUCAAUCUCCUGGGAGCACGGAAUCAGCUGCUGAGCUCUUCUCGAGUGGUCCCCCACCCGUAAAAGAGUUUUUUGUCAAUGGAGAUAAUCCAUACAGAAGAUCGUCGAAAUCUGUGACGAAUGUGUCCUUUGGUUGUGGACAUGGAGGGAACAAUACUGGAGAGGAGAAAAUUAGGCAUUCUCCGUCACAAAAAGAAGACCCAUUUGCAACUUUGUCGGAUAAUAGUAGAAUGGACAAUUACAAAGCGCACAUGAAGAGCCCAUUUGUGACACAGGAUGGACAGAAGGACCCAUUUUCGACGCAUACGGAGGAGAACAGGAAUGUGUGUGAGAAUGGGACAUUACGGGCAGAAAAGAAUGUGAAUGAUUCGCUCAUAGCGCAGCCGUCAAAGGAUACCGGGUAUCAACAUGAACCGAGACAGCAACAAUCUCCAAGCUCGACAGCUGAUCCAUUUGCUUCUGCUCCUUCUCAUUCGGAUACAAAUUUGUUUGAACCGCCUGCUUUAUUGAAUGAUGGACAUGAACAUAUGCCGAGUGCUGACAGCCUAUUUGGGUCUCCUGAUCAGACAAACAGUGGAAACGGGAUGCAUCCGGCUCCGUUUGCACCGCUUUCACAACCUGCACCAAACUUAGUUCAAGCGCAAGAAUUGUUUUCUAGUGAAGAACCAAGUGCGAGCUGUUUGUUUGGUGCAGCAGGUGUAUCGACGACGUUUCAGGCUCGCCACCGUUCAUCGACGGAUCCACAUACCAAAGCUUCACCUUUACCGCCCAAGCCCCCGAUUCGCGCCUCACUCUCAUCGUUUAAGUCUCAAGCGGGUGCUGCACCUUUACCAGCAAAUUCGCAGAUAAACUUUUUGCCGCCGUCAAUGAAGCCGCCUGUUAACAACCCGCCUUCACCCAUGAAUAAUGCCUUACUGUCGCCGAUGAAAACCAUCAAGCAGCAUCUUCGGCAUCUCCAGCGGUGA